AUGAGUUCAUCAGGCAUUUGCAAGCACCUCAAACAUGUUUACAAGCUCAUCGUAGACAACUUCCUAACCAUGAUGACCAUACCAAUGGCCGCAGCCGCUGUGGUUGUGGCGGGAAGUCUCGAGCCAGAUAAGAUCGUGAGCCGGCUCCGAGCCCUUACGCUUACGCCGGCGCACCUCUUCUUGUUCGUCUUCCUCCCCGCGGUCAUCGUCGUGUAUCUACUAUCGCGGCCACGGAAGGUGUACCUCGUCGACUACGCCUGCUUCCAUGGCACUCACCACUACCGCGUCCCAUUUGCCUCCUUCGUGGAGCACGCGCGCGAAACACCCACCUUCAACGAUGCGAGCAUCCGCUUCAUGUCGCGGCUUCUCCAGAGCUCGGGCCUCGGGGAGGAGACGUGCGGGCCCUCGCCGGCCCGCUACAUCCCACCGCACAGGCAUUGCACACUGGACGCCGCCCGCGAGGAGGCCGAGCUCGUCGUCUUCUCCGCCAUCGACCAACUCUUCUCCAAGACGAAGGUCUCUCUUGACACCAUCCACGUACUCGUCGUCAACUGCAGCGCCUUCAGCCCCACGCCGUCAUUCGUCGACAUGGUCGUUAACAAGUACAAGCUGCGAGACGACAUCCGCGGCGUGCACCUGUCCGGGAUGGGGUGCGGCGCCGGGCUGAUAUCGGUGGAGCUUGCGAGGAGCCUCCUGCGGGUGGCGCCCCGAGGCGCACGAGCGUUGGUCGUGUCCACGGAGACCCUGUCGCCCCUCCUCUACCUCGGGAACGAGCGGCCCAUGCUGCUGCCGUAUUGCUUGUUCCGCAUGGGCGGAGCGGCGGCGCUGAUGUCCACGUCCGCCGCCGAUGCCCGAUUCCGGCUCACGACCGCCGUGCGUACGACCACCGCUGCCGAUGACAAGUCAUACCGGUCCAUAUAUCAGGAGGAGGACGGCAAGGGGAACAAGGGCGCCGGCCUCUCCAUGGACCUGAUAGCCGUCGCCGGCCGCGCCCUGAAAGCCAACAUCACCGCCAUGGCACCCAUCGUCCUCCCAAUCUCCGAGCAGCUUCUGUUUGCGAUGUCUUUCAUGGCACAAAAAAUUUCUAGCGGGCGUGUGAAGUCGUUGUACGUCCCCAACUUCCUGACGGCCUUCGAGCAUUUCUGCAUACACGCCGGCGGGUCUGCGGUUGUCGACGAGGUCCAGCGCAGCCUCGGCCUGUCGGACGAGCACGUCGAGCCGUCGCGGAUGACGCUGCACCGCUUCGGGAACGUGUCCAGCAGCUCGGUUUGGUAUGAGCUAGCAUAUGUCGAGGCCAAGGGCCGUAUGCGUAAGGGUGAUCGAGUAUGGAUGAUCGGGUUUGGCUCUGGCUUCAAAUGCAACAGCGCGGUGUGGGAGUGCAUCGUCCCGGCCCCCAAUAGCGAUGGACCAUGGGCUGGUUGCAUCCACCGCUAUCCAGUGCAGAUUAAGUCCCCAAAAGCAAGGCCGCGGCAAUGAGUAGUGGAGACACUGGUAAAUUGGAUAUGUGUGUAUGAUUGAAUUCAUGUUUCAACAAACUCAUCCAAAAAUUUGAACUG